AUGGCAACUCAGACUCAAGAUAUCGAACGCGAGUUUUCGCGUGAUGAAAAGUCCGGGAUCAUGCAUAAUGAGCACGCCCAGGGUGGGUUGUCUCAAGAAGAUGCUGAUUUCUUGAAUAACUUUCCUGAGGAGAGGAAGAAGGCCAUUAUUCGAAAAGUCGAUUGGCGAUUGAUUCCUAUGCUUGUUCUCCUGUAUCUUAUCGCAUACUUGGACAAGACCAACAUUGGAAAUGCCAAGAUUGAAGGCAUGACUGUUGACUUGCACCUCAAGGGCAUCGAGUACAACAUCGUCACCGCCAUCUUCUUCAUCCCCUUUGUCCUCUGCGAAGUCCCUUCCAACAUGAUCCUCCACAAGUUCAAGAGGCCAUCGUGGUACAUGGGAGGCAUCGUCUUUUGCUGGGGUGUCAUCAUGACUCUUACUGCCUUGGUCCAGAACUACGCUGGACUUUUGGCCAUUCGAUUCCUACUUGGUAUUUUUGAGGCCGGUUUCCUCCCCGGUGCAAUCCUCAUCAUCUCAAACUGGUACCUCCCCAACGAGACGCAAACCCGAAUCGCAAUCCUCUACACAUCAGCUGCAACAGGCGGUGCCUUUUCCGGCCUUUUGGCCUUCGCCAUCGCCAAGAUGGACGGCAUGGCAGGUCUGGAAGGCUGGCGAUGGAUCUUCCUUAUCGAAGGACUCUUCACCGUCGUCGUCGCCAUAAUGUGCGUCUUCCUCCUCUGCGACUCGCCAGCCCUCUCCACACGCUGGCUCGACGCCGAUGAGAUUCGAUAUCUUGAACUCCGACAGCUUGCCCGCCGGGCUACAGUCCCAAUGGACUAUAAGGAGAACGACCACUUUAAUCUCCGUCUAUUCAAGGAUAUCCUCAUGGAUUACAAGAUUUGGCUCUUGUUCUUUGCGAACUGGUCGAAUGCCGUGCCCAACUAUGCUAUGAAGUUCACUAUGCCUACUAUCCUGACAGGUAUGGGAUAUACGUCUUCUGAUGCGCAGUUGAUGACUAUCCCUCCUUAUGCUAUUGGAGCCAUUUCGGCUUAUUUGUUUGCCAUCUUUGCGGAUAACAACAUCGAGGACAACAUUGCUGUUUGUUACUUUGCCGUCUGUCUCGCAUGCUUCGGUCAAUCGCUAACGAUUGCCAGCAUGUAUCCCAUUCUCCCUGGUGUCAACGCCUGGAACGUCGCCAACACGCCCGAUCCCGCCAAGCGAUCCGUCAACAUUGGCCUUCUCGUCUGUGUCGGCAACAUCGGCGGCCUCAUCGGCUCUUACAUCUACCUCGCGCGUGAAGCUCCCCGUUACCCGACCGGUUACGGAACUUCUCUGGCUUUUGGUUUGGCUGGUGUUGUUGCAGUUUUGUUGCUAGAGACUCUUCUCAAGAGAGGCAAUGCUAAGAAGGCGAAGAUGACUGAGGAAGAGAUCCGGCAGAGAUAUACGGAUGACGAUCUUGUUCGCAUGGGAGAGAAGAGCCCAUUGUUCAAGUAUGCUCUGUAG